AUGAAAGCCUUGCCGGCUCCAUUUGCAGUGAUAGAUUCUCCAGUCUCUGACUACCAGCUUGCCUUUUCCGCCAUACUUGAUAAACUCCUUUCGGAUCAUGGCCCAGUUGCGGUGAGCAAGGUGAGGGAGGUAUGCGGUGAGGAGCAUGGCGUUGAUGCAUCAGCUGGCUGGACUGACAACGAUAUUAUGAUGAGGGAUCUACUUACAGUGAGACCUGUGAAUUCACUACGGAUGGGGAGGAUGCGUCCGUCACACUCAUCCAGCCAUACCGGUGAGACUAAACGAUUCAUCAGCAUAUACGUCUUGGGAUUUGUUAACGGGUAUGAGUACGUCGAGUUGUUUCUAGCAUCUGCCAGAAUUGGGUGUCCUUUCGUGGUGCUUAACACGACAAACUCACCUCAUGAGCUUUGCUCCACUGUGGCCCGUAGCGACUGUAAGGCGUUGUUUAUUGUGUCGUCUAUCGGAUCUAUAAAAGCAGAUGCCCAUGUUUACCAGGUUGCUACAACGGUAGAAGUCGGAGCAUGUCUGGAGCAGCUUAUUAUGUUGGAUCGAUCUCCGUCCCGGGAACUGUUUAACUGUCAUAGAUAUGAGGACUUCCUAACUGACGGCACUAACGCAUCUAUAAGUGACUCAGAACUGAAGAAAGCAGAGAGUCAUGUUCAGCCUUCGGACGUGUUGAAUAUGCAGUUUACUUCUGGUACCACCGGCCUGCCGAAAGUCUCCAUGCUUAUACAUAACAACUUGCUUAACGAUGGAAAAUACGUGGGGCGCGCCAUAAGACUCACCCAAGAUGAUAUCGUAUGCUGUCCACCGCCACUAUUCCAUUGCUUUGGCCUAGUGAUGGGCUUCCUUGCUUCCUUCACACACGGGAGCACUAUUGUGUUUCCUUCUGAUAGGUUCAAAGCAAGGCAAACUCUCGAUGCAGUCGAGGCACAAAAGGCUACGGCACUGCUAGGUGUCCCCACAAUGUUCAUAUCAGAGCUGGAGCAGAUGGAAUCACAGCCUCAGAGGAUCACAACAGUGCGCACUGGCCUUGUUGCUGGCUCGCCUGUGUCACCCUGUUUGAUGGAUGAAUUGAGGGCCAAGAUGAAUAUCCAGGGUAUGCUUAUUGCAUAUGGGAUGACUGAAACAAGCCCCGUGGCCUUCAUCACGUCAUUGGGUGAUAGGAUGCUUACCAGUCUCGGUCGUGUUCUUCCCCAUACCGCAGCAAAGAUUGUCGACACGGGAGGAAACAUUUUUGCCAUCGGCGAGCGCGGAGAGAUCUGCACUACCGAGUUUGCCUUACAAAAGGGAUACUAUAGAGACGAUAUCAAGACACAGGAAGCCAUGAGACUGGAUGAGAAUGGCGUAUCGUGGAUGCAUACUGGGGAGGAGGGUUACCUGGACGAAGAAGGUUACGGUUUCAUCACUGGCCGCAUCAAAGAUCUGAUCAUUCGAGGUGGUGAGAAUCUAUCUCCAAGCGAGAGUGAAAACCAGCUGCUACGUCACCCAGCUAUAAGAGACGCUUGCGUGGUGGCAGUGAAGGAUAAGAUUCACGGCGAAGUAGUCGCAGCCUUUUUACAGGCGUGUUCACAUGAGAAGAAACCAUCAGAUAAAAAUAUCAGGGAUUGGGUUUUACAGGACCUGAGCCCCGUCAAGGUGCCGGUAUUUAUCUUCUGGCUUGGUCACGAUGGCGUGGAUGUUGAGUUGCCCAAGACAGGAAGUGGAAAGUAUCAGAAGCAUAUCAUUCACGAUAUUGUGAAUCAUUUAGCAGAGACAAGAGGCAGGACAAAAUAG